ACAACGAGACUUAUCGGUCGUUCCAGUCUCGACUUGGGCUCGGAUCUUAUUUACACCCAACGAUCCGUUGGAAAUAUUGUACAUUGAAUCGCAGUUGGUUCUGCUUGAUUUCGCUGUCAAAGGGCGUCGGAUUUCGGAAUCCAAAGAAACCACAUACCCGAAUGCGUAUUGUCGCCAUGAUAGAGCGAGAAAUUAUCCACACGACCCCCGCUUCAAAACGUAUUUUCGAUGUGCUCCAGGAUGUCCUGCAAUUUUUUUUGCUCUCUGUCCGCAUCCUUCUGGAGUUAUUUGUCACCCUGGUCCAGGCUUUUUUACCCAAACCGCAAAAAGAUGUCAGCGGGGAGAUAAUCCUGAUAACCGGAACUGGACACGGAAUCGGUCGAGAAUUGGCUCUUCACUACGCUUCCUUGGGCAGCACUGUGGUUUGCGUGGACAUCGAUGAGAAGAACAACCUGCAGACGGUGCAGAAGGCCAAACGCCUCGAUCUAGGCGAAGUGUACAGCUAUAGCUGCGAUGUUUCCAAGCGCGAUGAGGUUAUGGCAUUGGCGGAUCGGGUUAAGACGGAGGUGGGACACGUUUCGGUGCUGGUGAACAAUGUCGGAAUAAUGCCCACCCACCCGAUCCUUCAGCAAUCGGACGAGGAAAUCAAGCGGGUGUUUGACGUGAAUGUUUUCUCGCAAUUCUGGACCAUCCAGGCCUUUCUGUCGCACAUGCAGGAGAAGAAUCGUGGCCAUAUCAUCUGCCUCUCAUCGAUUGCGGGUUUGGUGGGGAUAUCCAACUUAGUUCCCUAUUGCGCGACUAAAUUUGCAGUUCGGGGUCUAAUGGAGUCAUUGCAUGCUGAGUUACGAGAGGGACCUUACAGGGAUCUGAUAAAGACCACCACCAUCUUCCCAUAUAUGACCAACACUGGCCUGUGCAAGCACCCUAAGGUGAAGUUCCCCUCGAUCCUGGGCCUGCUCGAUCCCAAGCAGGUGGCCAGACGAAUCGUGGAGGCCCACCGCUCCGACCUCAUGGAAGUCACCAUUCCGAGCUGCCUGCUGCACAUCAACAACUGGACGCGACUCCUGCCUGAUCAUUGUGGCCUGAUGCUCAAGGACUUUAUUGACAGUGGCGUCGACUCCGACUUAAUUUAGGGUAUCCACGAUAGAGUAGAUCAUAGAUCGAGUUACAAUACAUUGCAGUACAAUAAACUCACUAUUGGAGUAUGUAAUAAAAUAAAACCAACUUUCAGUCCUGAAA